CAAUUUAUCUCCUUUCCCCAAAUUCUCAUUCACCUCUGCAACAAUGUCUGAUAAAGACGACAAAUCGGGCUCAAUUGACGCCGCCCACUCCAAAGAAGAAGCUCUCCGUCUCAAAGCGCUAGCUGAGGAGAAGUACAAUUCCGGCGACCUCAAUUCCGCCGUCGCAUACGCCGAGCGCGCCCGCGACCUCCAUCCCUCAAUUUCCGGCCUGCACCAGAUGCUCACCGCCUUCCAAAUACUCCGCGCCGCCGCCGCCUCCCCCAUCCCUGGCGGCGAGAAUCAGAAGCCGACGCCGGAUUACUACAUGAUUCUGCAGGUGCAGAGGUUCUCGCACAUCAAUUCGAUUAAAAAGCAGUAUAAGAAGUUAGCUUUGACGCUUCACCCCGAUAAAAACCCCUUCGUAGCGUCCGAGGAGGCGUUCAAGCUGGUCGGGGAGGCGGCGCGGGUGCUGUCGGAUAAGAUCAGGCGGAAGGAGUAUGAUGUGCGGCUUAGGGUUGCGAUGCAGUCGGAGGCGGCGGGCGCGGUGGCGGUUGAGAUUGGAGAGGAGGGGUCAAGAGAGACGUUUAGGACGGCGUGCUCGGCUUGCCAGCUGCUGCAUCAGUUUGAGAGGAAGUAUUUGGGACAUAAUUUGGUUUGCCCGGGGUGUAUGAAGACGUUCAAGGCUGUGGAAGCUGAGGAGCGGAAUGGAGAUGAGGGGAAGAAUGAGAAGAGUGAGGCGAAUACAAGGGUAAGUGCUCGAAUCCGGGAGAGAGUUUCCAAAGGGGACUAUGUGGGGAGUGUGGAGAAGUUUGGUUUGGGGGUGAAGAGGAGGAAUAAUAAUUUAGGUGAGGUUUCUGAGGGGUUGGGGGUGAAAAUGGCGAGGACGGGUGUGUUGAAGAGGAGUAAGAGGGUGGAGGACUCCGGAGACGGCCAUGGUGUUGAGAAUGGUAGAUUCAAGAAAAUGGAAACUUUGAUUAAUGGAGGUAAGGAGGCAAUGGAGAGUGGUGAGGUCGAGAUAGUGGAGAAUGAGAUGAGUAAAAGAGGGGAGGGUAGGGAAGAGGAAAGUAUGACAUUGUCCCAAAUGCAGAUGAUGGUGAAGAAGAAGAAACCGAAGAAGAAGGUAGUUGUGGGGAAAUUGACUACAAAGGCAAAGAAAGUUAAUGCUGAGAAGUUGAGGGUAAACGGAGUGGUGGGAGAAACCGAGAAGGACGGGGAGGGGAAUAAAGAGGAUUUAGGAGAAGAGGAGAGUGCAGAGGAGAUGGAGGAUGUGAUGAUAGAGGAGAUGGCGAAGGAGAGGGGAGGGGAGGCAGAGAAGGAGAAGGUGGUGAAUUUGAGGGGGAAUUCAAAUCGGAGGAGAGUGCCAAAAAUUAGGAAUCUUGAAGCUGUGCAUGCAGCUUCAAGGAAUUAUUUUAAUUCGGAGAUUGAGAAAGAUACAUCAUCAGACAAAGGGAACUCGGAGGUUCCGCCGGUGGAAAAAGAGAAGGAAAUGGACGUCAUAAAGGAGAAGAAAGGAAGACGUAGAGUUCCAAAGUUUGGGAAUUCGGACAUAUUGAGUACAAAAUCUUCAAAGAAUCAUGUGGAUUCAGAUCUUCAGAGGCUAAAUGCUGACACAGAGGGUGAUUUGGGUUUUGAGAAGGAUAUAUCAUCAGAAAAUGGCGAAUCGGAGGUUCUGCUGGUGGAGAAAGAGAAGGAAAUGGAUGUCAUAAAUGAGAAGAAAGGAAGACGUAGAGUUCCAAAGUUUGGGAAUUCGAACAUAUUGAAUACAAAAUCUUCAAAGAAUCGCUUGGAUUCAGAUCUUCAUAGGCUAGAUGCCGACACAGAGGGUGUUUCGGAGAUUGAGAAGGAUAUAUCAUCAGAAAAAGGCGUCCCGGAGGUGCUGCUGAUGGAGAAAGAGAAGGAAAAGGAAAUUGACGUCAUAAAGGAGAACAAAGGCAGGCGUAGAGUUCCAAAGUAUGGGAACUUGGACAUAUUGAAUACAAAAUCUUCAAAUAAUGGCAUGGAUUUAGAUUUUCAGAGGGUCAUUGCUAACAAAAAGGGUGAUUUGGAGAUAAUGGCCGUGGAUGAUUCUGAUUUUCAUGAUUUUGAUAAGGAUAGAAGGGAGAGGAGCUUCAAGAAAGGACAAGUGUGGGCAUUAUACGAUGAUGUUGAUGCAAUGCCGAGGCACUAUGCUCUGAUCAAUGAAAUUGUCUCUGUAAACCCUUUUGAGGUGACAUUGAGCUGGUUGAUGCCUCAAAAUAAUGAAGAUGAAGAAUCAAUAAGUAGGCUGAAAAAUGGAUAUUUUGUUUCUUGUGGGAGCUUCCGUGUUACUAGGAGAGUAACCAUUAGAUAUUUGAAUUUAUUUUCUCAUCUUGUGGACUGUGAAAGAGCAGCCAGGGAGUUGUAUAGAAUCUAUCCUAAGAAAGGCUCAGUUUGGGCAAUAUAUAGCAGUAGUGGCCGAGAAGCUGAAGAAAGUGACGAAAUGAUUGAGGGCAAGAGAUGCUACAACAUUGUUGUAACUUUAAGCAGUUAUAGUGAUGUACAUGGAUUGAGUAUAGCGUAUCUUAAGAAGGUCGAAGGGUUCAGGACUGUGUUCAAUAGAAGGGGAAUCGGGGCUAACGCUGUUGUAUGCCUUGGAGCAAAAGACAUCAAAAUAUUUUCACACCAGAUACCUUCAAAGAAACUGUUUGGUGAAGAAGCCUCUGGCCUUCCUAAGGGUUGUUGGGAGCUAGACCCUGCUUCGCUUACACCUCAGUUGCUUAGUUUGUCAUAGUUAUUACUCAUGAAAAGAUGCUCCUCGCACGACACAAUGGCGUGCUUGCUCUGACUUAUGUUUCCUCUGCCUAUCAUUGGGAUGAAGAAGGUGGUCGGCAUGGACGUUGGAAGCUGGAAGUUGGAAAUGUGUUAAAAUAACUACUACUACUACUAGUGUAGUGUCUCACUCGGUGUCUCUAUUUGUAGCUAGCUGUAUUAUGUGGUCUAGAAAUUAGGUCGGUUUUUUUUUGUGAUUUCGUUUACUAAUCUGUAACGUAUGUAAUUAAUACUACUCCACUACUUAAGUUUAUUGCUUAGGACA